AUGAAUCGCACACGCCACAACCGAAUCAUCAAGAUCAAAAGAACAAGGGAUGGUUCUAUUCAUAAGCUUCUAAAGCCAAUCCAACCAAGAGUCCGCCUUGUUACCAUUCGCAAACGCAAGCAGCAGCAGGUACUAGCAGCAGCCACCAAUAACGAUGACAGUUUUGCUACCAGGAAGAAGCGUGUCCGUCUCUCGGAAUCUCGAACCAUGAAUCGCAUUGUGCUUCCCUACAAAAGUGCCAAGGACUCCUCUACGGACAAGCAUCUUCUCUUCUUCAAGAAGAAUCCUGCUCUUGCAGAGCUCGGUGCCUAA